GUGCAGCCGGAACUGGGCUUGUGAAAGGUGGGCGUUGUCACGGUUAGCAGCUCUGCGGCCCCGCCCACCCCCCUGAGGGCUCCCGUGAGACCCCCUCCCGGGCCUGCCCACACUCUGCACACCUGCAGCUGGUUUUCCUGGGAGACCUGGCCGCCAGAAAGGGCUGGGCGCAGAUCGGGCCCAGGUGAGCAGGGAGGAGGGCCUGCCCUGCCUGGUUCUCACCACUGGUGAUAGUGUUUACCAGGCUGGACAGAUGAGUGGGGAGGUCAGGAAUCUGGUCCCACUGACAUCUGGAAGCUGCUACAGGGUCUGUGCUUGGUUUGGGGGCUUAAGGGCUGGAAAUGGGGUGACUGGGGGCAAUCUACCCUGAGGGAGAGUUGCCUGCUAAGUUUUGCCUUGAUCAGUUUUUGUUUGACUAGCUGAGUCCUUCAGCCUCCGGAGGCUUUUGUCCCUCCUUUGGAAAAUAUAGGGAGGCUGGGCCGGCCGCUCCCUUCCUGCCCUGCGCCCGCAGCCCUUGUAAAUCUGGAGCUUGGUUAAGGUUCCUUUUUGCCCAACUCUGAACACCACCAGUGGGUCUAGAAAAGUAGUUUCCAGGAGAGAAGGCAAACAUGGAGCAACAUUGCCCUGCCAAAGAAUCUUGGACUUCAGGGAUGAGACAGAGUUCAUCCCUGUCCCUUAGACACCCAUGUCUGUGCCUGAGGCCAGUCUACUACCCAGCCUCCAGCUGAAUGAAGGCCAUUGGCAGGCUGAACCGCACUUGCCUCCCUGCCUGCCUGGGAGGGUGAAAAGUCCACCUGCCCCUGCCUUGGUCAGUGCCAUCCUUGUGGGUCUGGUCAGAGGCAGCCAAAGUAAGACCAUCUACAUCUUCACCAGAGAUACUUAUCUCACUGAAAUACUCAGGGAGACACUUGGCAGGCCCAGCGCCAGCAUCUGGGAGGGUGAGGGGAGAACACACCAGCCUCAGAUCUCCACUGCUUUGAAAACUAUGAAAUAUUUUUAAGCUUCAGAAUAAUAUAGGGGAUUUAGUUCAGUGGUGUAAGCACCUGCCUGGUAAGCUCAAGGUUAUGAGUUCGAUUCCCAAUACCACAAAAAAAAAAAAAAAUUAUAGAAAAUAGUAAAAUUCCCAUGUUCUUGCUACCCAGUUCGGUCAGAUGCUCACACUAUGUCCCAUUUAUUUCAUGUUCUUUUUAAGAAAUAAACCAUGGUAAGGCCAGGCGUGGUGGUGCACACCUGUAAUCCCAGCCCGUGGGAGACUGAGGCAGGAAGAUUGCUGAGAGUUUGAAACCAGGCUGGGCUACAUAGAGAGUUCAAGGCCAAUCUUCACUGCAAAAUAUGACUCUAUCUCAAAAAUAAAUAAGUAAACAAACAGUGGUAGAGACCAUGAAAAUCCCUGUGGAAAACUCCUUCCCUUUCCAGAGAAAAUUGCCAUCCUGAAUUUUGGUUUUCACAGUUUUCUGUUUUUAUUCUUUUGCUGAGUAUGUGAAAAUCUAAAAAAUGAAUAGCUCAUUCUAAUUUAUGAACAAAGGGAGCCAUAUACUAUAUGUCAUUCUGUAGCUGGCUUUUUCCUGCUUAAAGUCAGAUUUCUGAGAUUUGGCCGCCUUCUUGACCUCAAAGUGCUGGCCCCCUUGACCUGAAAUUGCCACACCACCCUGUGUGUAAAGACUCCCAUUUAUUUACCCUUCUUGUUGGACAUUGAGGAGGCUCCCAUGUCUUACUAUGCAAACACUAAGUAUUGCUGUAGUAUUCCAGGUCAUAGGAUAUGUGCUUGGUCUUUUAAAGUUUAGUUACACUGUAAGAUCGUGGUACUCAAUGAAAGAAAUGAAGGAAACCAUACUCAUUAACAUUUUCUAAGUACUUCCUGCUGUUCUGUAUGUGGUCUUCGGAGGUCUUCACAACUACUCUGGGAGGUCAGUAUUGUCACUUCCAUUUCAUUGAUGAGGGAACUGAGGCUUAUGGAGGCUAAAGAAUAUUCUCAGGUUUUUCCAGCAAGUAAUUUUAGCUUGAGUCUGGGGUUGUGUUCUUUGAGAACUCUUUUUUAAAAAUUUAUUUAUUUUUAUUGGUACUGGGGAUCAAACUCACGACUGCCUGCUUGCAAGGCAGGUGCUUAUGCCGCUGAGCUAAAUCCCCAGCCCCGCUUUGAGAACUCUUAAAGGCCACGCUGCAUUAGGUCUUGUGAUAGGGUACCCACUUUAUGUGUAGCUAAGGAGGACUCUUCAGAAGGUGAGUCUCAGUCAUUUUUUUUUAUUUGUUGGUGUUUUUUUUUGUCUUGUUUUUUUUUUUUUUUUUUCAGACAGUCUUGCUAUAUAGUUUAGCUGGGCCUUGAACCCCCUAGGGAACCCAAACUGUCCUCCAAUUCUCUAAAAUCCUCCUGCCUCGGACGCCCAAGUGCUGGGAUGACAGAUGUGUGCCACCACACACAGCUGGGACUGGGUCCCUCAGCUACCUCCCUCCCCACUUCACUAAGAAACUCUAAAGUGAGAGCCAAGGGGAGAGUGAUGUGGCUCCAGGCUGCCUGAGCCCUGCCUUCCACUCCCUUUAGUGGGACCUGCGUGAGUCUACCAGUCCUGCUCCAUUCUCCAUCUGGCCCAGCACCACCCUCCACCUAGUACCAUCACCCUACCCUGAGACAGUAGGACAGUGAAAAGGCCACCAGAACACAAGAUACAUGUCGUCUGGGCCCAACCAGGGGCUCUGGAGCAGAAAGGCCUGAGCCAGUGGGAAAGUGGGCCCCUGGCAGCUCAGGCAGGAGAAAGGUUUGGCGCUGUGGCUGAGCAGAAAGCUUGCCCUCCCAAGCUGCUGGGAGAAGCAGGCCCCUCCCAUCUCACUGCCUGCAUUUUCUUAUCUGUCAAUUUGGAUAAGCGCUCCCACUGGUAGGAGAAUUGGGUGAGAUAAUACUGUCACCCAGUUUAGAUAAAACAUGAGCAAUAUCCUCUUGGUACACAGGGGGUGAUUGUGUAUCCUAUUAUUAAAGCAAGUGAGGCCAGUGUCCCAAGCGUCCCUGACCCCCUAGACAGCCCCCAGUCACCUCUGCAUUUAGCCAGCCUUCGUCCUCCAGGCCUUCCACAUUGCUUGUGCCUCUAGCCCUCUGCACACCCUGUUCCCUCUUGUUGGGCAUCUUUUCCCAUUUUGUGUGCCUCUCAGUGACAUCCUUCUCAGAUGGGCUUGUUUAGUGCCCUAGGUUGGGGUAGGAGCCAGGUACUUCCCACAGUCACAGGCCCCGUUGCUGUCACUGCCUCUGCCUGCAUCAUCUGUAGCUCCUCAAGGGCAAGGCCAGGUCUGGGCUUUUUCUGGAAGGAGGGGGCAGAUAAGAUAUCUUUAAACCAGGACAGCUUUUGUUUUUGCUUGUUGCCACCCACCUGCACAUGGUGGGCAAUAGUAUGGUGUGUAUAGGUUUACUUCUUCUUUCAUUAGUGUUACAGAGCGUGGAUCCAUCUUGCAUAACUUGCACAUCUCCAGCCUUGACCCAGGGCCUGAUCUUGGAUGGAAUGAGGGCAGGAAGUCAGGCGUGGGGCUGCCCCUAGUCUGGGGCAGGUGAUCCCUUGCUCCAGGUGAGCCAGAACAGCUGGGCCCUGGGCACAGGGGAAGACAGACAUAUCUUGGCCUCUCGAGGAAGGGCCUGUGGCAGCUUCGGAUGACAUCUUUUAGACCGAAGAAGGGAACUGGGUCUUUGUUCUGAGUGGACUGGGAAGCCAGUGAAGGAUUUAAAGUCCAGGAAUGACACAGUCAGAUCUGGGUUUUAGAAUGAUAUUUGGAGCUCCUAAGAGAGGCAUAGUUAUGCGGCCAUGAUGAUGCAUACCUGUAAUCCCAGCCUGCAGGAGGCUAAGGCAGGAAGCCAUGAGUUUGAGCCCAGCCUGAGCUACGUAGUGAGACCCUGUCUCAAUAAAAAGCAUGGGGUGGGGGGAGAGGGCACAGGAUAAAAAGAAAUAAAACUCUCAGUAUUUCACCUGGAGUGUAGCUGGGCUUUAGCAAGUAUCCUUCGAGGUCUAUCCCUGAGACACAGAAUUGACAGACCCACUCAAGCCAAAAAUCAGGAGGGACCUGAAAUGAGGCUAGGAAGGAGAUGAAGCUGUAAAACCUGAGGUAUUUACAGGCUGAGAAGCCCAGAGCUCUGUGCGUGCAUUGUGGGUGCACUGGUGCAGAGUGAGGGGGUGGCACUUAGCCCUUGGAGGGGUCCAGCCUGUUGGAUUAGCCUGAAGAAAGGAGCCAUCCACCAGCAAAGGAAGAUAAGAGUUCUAGUGGAGAGAAAAAGGCCACUUAGAAAUUAUGAAUAUUGGUCUGCCUUCGUACAAGUGGUGGUAUUGGAUGCGUGCUUUCUGUGUCUUCCUAAAAUACAUAAAAUAAAAAAGUGAUGUAUGUGGCGGUAGUGGGCGGGGGAAUCUGGCCAAAGGAGAUGGAUGUUCUUUACAGAGAGAUAACCAGCUUCUCAUUUCAAGGUUCCUUUGGGACCAGUCCAACUUGAGUUUGUGAGAAAAUCAUCAAACACACAGGAAACAAGCCACAGUAGUGACAGGCACCAGAAGCAACACUAGCAUAGUUAGUUUCUGUGAGAGUCUAAAAUGCCACAAUUCUGAGAUAAAAUUAUGUUUCAGAUGUAGAAAGAAAAUAUAACAGAUUACUAACUUUCCAGGAAAUCAAAUUUUUAAAAAAGAUGUAUAAAGAAGCCAAGAAAUUUGAAACAAGUUGGACAUAAUGGUGUGUGCCUGUAAUCUCAGCACUUGGGAGGCUGAAGCAAGAACAUCACUACCAGGCUGAGGCCAGCCUGGCUUACACAGUGCGUUCAAAACCAGCCUGGACUACGUAGCAAGACUAUCUCAAAAAAGAAAGAAAGAAAGACAGAAAGAAGAAAGAAAUUGAAACAAUAAGCAGGGGGGAAGUUCUGCCGAAAAUAACCAAACAGACUUGAAAAAGGAUGAGCUAGAAUUGGUGGACAUGAAAAAUAUUAUUGUCAGGAUGAAGGACUGAGUAGAGAAGCAGCAGCUAAGACUCAACGAAGAGGGCGAUGGUGAGACGAAAGCACUAAAAAAAGUACUGGAACGUAGCAGAGUCAAAAAGAUGGUAAAUAGCAAGUUAAGUGACCUAAAAUAUGGAAUUAAAAGGUCUGCGGGGAAGAGAGAAGGGGCAGGAGGCGGUGGACGUGGAAGGGAGUCUCCUGUCCCUCUCCCAUCCUUGGCACUGAGCAACCGAGGCCAGGCAGGCAGCAGGACUGAGAGGGUUUCAUGGCGGAGGAGGUGGGGGAGGCGGGGAGAAGCUUGUGUCCCAGACAACUCUCAGAUUUAUUAAAACGGCAACAUCAAGAGCCUGCAGAUUUGGGAGCUAAGAGGAUUCAGUUUGCCUGGGAAGACCUGCGUCACAGAGGAGGAGACCUGAGCCCUGGGUCUCCAGGUCUGUGUCAUUUCCUUGGUGGAGAAGGGAUUUGCUCUUAACUUUCCUUCAGUGAGUUCUUCAGGUUCCUCUCUGGAAUCUUCUGUCACUCCAGAGAUGCCUGUGAGGAAAGCCAUUCAUACACGCAUCCACGGACAGCUCUGAGAUCGUCAUCUCUCAUUUUUUCAGAUGGGAAGCUGAGACUCUAGAUUCAGGGAUUUGUCUUUCCAGCCUUCCAUUCCAUUCAUUCAUUCAUGCAUGCAUGCAUUCAUUUACCUCGUAUAUUUAUUAAAAUCCUACUUUGUACUAGAUACUGGGUGCUGGAUAUACAGUAGUGAUCAGAAUAGAUUCCUGUGUUUUGGGGCCAGAUAACAAACCCGAAAAUAAGUAAAAAAACUUCAUGGGAUGAUAAGAACUGCAGAGAAACUGAAGGACCAGAAAUUCUGGCAGCAUCCUCCAGGAAGUGACUCGGAUAUGGAAGGCCCAUUGUGACAGUGUGUGGGGUUCUAGAGUGAAGGGCUGGGGCUAGGGACGCUUGCAGAAGGAGGAGAGAGAGGGACAGAGAGAGAGUGGGCCUGUGGGUGGGCUGUGCCCCCCAGGGGGGCAGUCAAGCCCAAUGGGUCAGAAGGGCCACAAGGACUCCUUUUACCCUUGCGAAAGGACUCCUUCGAGCAACCUUCAUGAGGCUCUGGACCAGUGCAUGGUCGCCCUGGACCUCUUCCUCACCAACCAGUUCUCAGAAGCCCUCAGCUACCUCAAGCCCAGAACCAAGGAGAGCAUGUAUCACUCGCUGACGUACGCCACCAUCCUCGAGAUGCAGGCCAUGAUGACCUUCGACCCCCAGGACAUCCUGCUCGCCGGCAACAUGAUGAAGGAAGCUCAGUCACUGUGUCAGAGGCACCGGAGAAAGUCUUCGGUGACAGACUCCUUCAGCAACCUGGUGCAUCGCUCCACAAUGGACCAGUUCACAGAAGAGGAAAUCCAUGCCGAAGUCUGCUAUGCAGAGUGCCUGCUACAGAGGGCGGCGCUGACCUUCUUGCAGGAUGAGAACAUGGUGAGCUUCAUCAAGGGCGGCAUCAAGGUCCGGAACAGCUACCAGACGUACAAGGAGCUGGACAGUCUUGUCCAAUCCUCGCAGUACUGCAAGGGGGAGAGCCACCGGCAUUUUGAAGGAGGGGUGAAGCUCGGCGUGGGAGCCUUUAACCUGACACUGUCCAUGCUGCCGACUAGGAUUCUGCGGCUGCUCGAGUUUGUGGGGUUUUCAGGGAACAAGGACUAUGGACUGCUGCAGCUGAAGGAGGGUGCGACAGGCCACAGUUUCCGUGCGGUACUCUGUGUCAUGCUGCUGCUCUGCUACCACACCUUCCUCACCUUCGUGCUUGGUACUGGGAAUGUCAACAUCUCGGAGGCAGAGAAGCUGCUGAAGCCCUACCUGAACCGAUAUCCCAAGGGCGCCAUCUUCCUGUUCUUUGCGGGGCGGAUUGAAGCUAUUAAAGGCAACAUUGACUCGGCCAUCCGGCGGUUUGAAGAGUGCUGUGAGGCUCAGCAGCACUGGAAGCAGUUCCACCACAUGUGCUACUGGGAGCUCAUGUGGUGCUUCACCUACAAGGGCCAGUGGAAGAUGGCCUACUUCUAUGCCGACCUUCUCAGCAAAGAGAACUCCUGGUCCAAGGCCACCUACUUCUACAUGAAGGCUGCCUACCUCAGCAUGUUUGGGAAGGAGGACUACAAGCCAUUUGGGGAUGAUGAAGUGGAGUUAUUCAGAGCUGUGCCAGGCCUGAAGCUCAAGAUUGCUGGGAAAUCGCUACCUACAGAGAAGUUUGCCAUUCGGAAGUCAAGGCGCUACCUCUCCCCCAACCCUGUCUCAUUGCCAAUCCCUGCUCUGGAAAUGAUGUACAUUUGGAAUGGCUACGCUGUGAUUGGGAAGCAGCCGGAACUCACGGAUGGGAUGCUUGAGAUCAUCACCAAGGCCGAAGCGGUGCUGGCACAGGGCCCAGAGAAUGAGUACUCUGCUGAUGAUGAGUGCUUGAUGAAGCUGUUGAAAGGCCUGUGUCUGAAAUACUUGGGUCGGGUCCAAGAGGCCGAGGAGAAUUUCAGGAGCAUUGCUGCCAGUGAAAAGAAGAUUAAAUAUGACCACUACUUGAUUCCAAAUGCCCUACUGGAGUUGGCUCUCCUAUUUAUGGAACAAGGCAGAAACGAAGAAGCCAUCAAACUCCUGGAAUCUGCCAAGCAAAACUACAAGAAUUACUCCAUGGAGUCAAGGACACAUUUUCGAAUCCAGGCAGCCACACUGCAAGCCAAGACUUCCUUAGAGAAUGGCAACAGAUCCAUAGUCUCAUCAGUGUCCGUAUAGCUCUGCACAGCACUCCUGGGCCAGAAGAUGAAUGAAGACACUGGACAGAGCUCCUGGAAACAUUUCAAAAGAUCCCCUUCCCCUCCCCUGCUCUCCCUUUGGGGUCUGCUGGUGCUCCAGUGGGAUGACUCCAGGAAAUCCAAGCAGAGGCAAAGCUGGCAUUUCACCAGGGUGGCCACAGGCCUUUUCAAGGGCAGAGCAGGUGGAGCCCUCUGUCUGCCCUAUCACACAUACGGGUACUUAUGGGUACUUGUUUUUCACUGUGACACAUAAGAGAAUGUAUGAACAGUUUACAUUUUGUCUAGAAGUAGACUGGCUUUUAAAAAAAAAAACACCCAACAACCAAUGACCUGUAAAUCUUUGCAUUCAUCAAUAUCAGUCUGGAUGCUAAUCUUUUUACAUGAUGCCAAAGGCCAAAGGGCGUUUCAAACUUUAGCAAGGUCUCAGCUUCUGAGGCUGAAAAGACCUGGGGAAGUUUCAAAGCUCUUGGGGUUAGACACAGAGGUCACCCACAAAUGCAGACAUUUACCACCUUACUUCUCACAGUUCACUCCCUUUGUAACUUUCCGAUUAUAAAAAGCAGGUGUUUUCAGUCAGAUGAAACUUGAGUCCACCAGUAGAAAAAUCAGUCUCUACGAUAGAGAACAGGCAUGCCAAGGCCCAACAGUAAAGCUGUGUGUGCCACAGCCAGUGAUGCUGAGGUAGGGGAGGUUUUCAGGAACCAGUCUGCAUCCUUGCUUUAUGCCAGGCUGAACCCGCUGGGAAUCAUCUGUGAGACAUAAAAACAUUCUUACUACACUGCAAGGCACAUUUAUUUACGGACAGUGUUUUUCUUAGAAACAGAACAGUUAUUCUUGGCCUGUUGUAUUAGAUUUUUCAGUUAAGAGAAAAGAGAUAGUAAUAAAAUUUAUAUCCUUAAGAGAUCACGCAA